GCGCCCGGCUCCGGCAAGUCCCGCCUCCGCCUCGGCAGUGCGGUCCGCCUCCCUCCUUCCCCCGGCCGUAGCCUCCUCCGGCGGCAGCGGUGGUGCCUGCCGGCCCCAUGGCGGCGGAGCCCCAGCCCAAGGCGCUGACUCGCAAGCCCCUCCUGCUCAACAAAGUGGAGGGCUCGCAGGAGGUGGUGAACAUGGCAGCGAUAGUGCCCAAGGAGGACGGGGUCAUCAGCGUCUCCGAAGACAGAACAGUUCGUGUCUGGCUGAAGAGAGACAGUGGGCAGUACUGGCCCAGCAUAUACCAUGCAAUGCCAUCUCCAUGUUCAUGCAUGUCUUUUAACCCGGAAACCAGAAGGCUGUCCAUAGGUCUAGACAAUGGUACAAUCUCAGAAUUCAUUCUAUCAGAAGAUUACAACAAGAUGACACUAGUGAAAAGUUACCAGGGGAAUCUCAGUCUGAAAAAGCAGUGUGGAUCAGGGCCAGUGCUGGCUCUUGGGAGCCUCCUCUUCUUUGCUACAGCUCAUCAAAGCAGGGUCAUCAUGAUUCUGUUUGUCCUGGAGAUGGAGUGGGUGCUGAGCACCGGACAAGACAAACACUUCACGUGGCACUGUUCGGAGAGUGGCCAGCGCCUGGGGGGGUACCGCACCAGCGCAGGCGCCUGCGGCCUGCAAUUUGAUGUGGAAACCCGGCAUGUGUUUGUUGGUGACCAUUCUGGGCAAGUGACCAUCCUCAAACUAGAGCAAGAGUCCUGCAGCCUUGUUACCACAUUUAAGGGACACACAGGUGGUGUCACUGCUCUCUGCUGGGACCCAAUACAGCGGGUUUUAUUCUCAGGCAGUUCUGAUCAUUCCAUUAUAAUGUGGGAUAUUGGAGGAAGAAAAGGAACAGCUAUCGAGCUGCAAGGACAUAAUGAUAAAGUUCAGUCUCUGUCCUAUGCUCACCACACUCGGCAGCUCAUCUCCUGUGGUGCAGACGGGGGAAUCGUCGUCUGGAACAUGGAUGUUGAGAGGCAGGAGACCCCAGAGUGGCUGGAUAGUGACUCCUGUCAAAAGUGUGACCAGCCUUUCUUCUGGAACUUCAAGCAGAUGUGGGACAGUAAGAAAAUAGGCCUCAGGCAGCAUCACUGCCGGAAGUGUGGGAAAGCCGUGUGUGGGAAAUGCAGCUCCAAGCGCUCCUCCAUCCCGCUGAUGGGCUUCGAGUUCGAAGUGAGGGUCUGCGACAGCUGCCACGAGUCCAUCACGGAUGAGGAGCGGGCGCCUACAGCGACUUUCCAUGACAGUAAGCACAACAUUGUUCACGUACACUUCGAUGCCACCAGGGGAUGGCUGCUGACCUCGGGGACAGACAAGGUUAUUAAGUUGUGGGAUAUGACACCAGUAGUGUCUUGAUGUUACAUCAGUGGAACUUGAAAGGUGAUACUUACAGAAGAAACAGAUUUCCUAACCCUAAUUAUACUGCAGAAGAUAGGCAACACGGGGCGCACAUGGCAGAUGAGAAAGGAACUGAUGUGUUUACAACAACUUUGUCCUCUGCUUGAUCCAGGCUGAACAUUUGCACGAAGACUCUUUCCACUUCUUCUCAAAAUAUACAAGAAGGUAUUUUUUUAACUAACGGUUUGUACGAUCUGACUUUGGUUGUCUUGAGUUUGUUUGGAAAAAUCUGAGUGCAGUGCAAUUUUUAGUUUUUAUAUUUCACUAUGUCAAGAUACUUGCUGCUUUGUACAGAGGGUUCUUGGGUUGUGUCUUCCUCUGUGAGUUUUCAGUGUCAACCGACUGUGUAAGGCAAUCGGCUCUCCCUGCAGCCAGUACCUGUUGGUUUGGGAUGUUUCUGCUGACCAUGCUCUCUCCAGAGGAGGAAAUCCAGGCACUGUCUCUGGGUGCAUCACCGAGGAGCUGAUGGACUAUUGCAAUUCCUAAAAGGGCUCUACCAUCUACUUGUCCUAGUGGGCAUUAUCCAGAGAGCAUUCGUUGGUCUGUAUAAUCUUCCUGCCUCUUCCUUUGCCGCACAAGUCGCAGAACCAGAGGUCAGGUUAUUCAGCAACUGAUUUCUACAGAAAACUGAAACAGUUUUCCAGCUAAGAGCAUUACAAGGAGCACACAGACUUGUUUGAGUUUGAUGAUGCUGACAGUCUGUUUCAAAUGAAAUUAAUGGCAACAGGACCUUUUGGGAGUGUGUGCAUGGAGGGGGGCAGAUCUAAAACUGGUCUAGAUCUGAAAAGUCUGGUUUAUCUCUACCUCUACCUCUACCUUGCACAGCAACAUUUCAGCAUUUAUACCUGCCUGUGUUGUUGAAAAUUAAUUGUUUUUCCUGUUUUCCUUAUGGUUAGUCAUAUUUAUUUUUUUAAAUGCUGAUGGUUUUUAUUAAUUUCCUCUAUAGAUGCAAAAGUGAUAUUGCUGAAUGAUGCCCAUUGUCCUGUUGUCAUACUUUACAGUUUCUCUUAAAAAUAAACAGUAUUUAAAAACC